UAAAGAAGAGGGCGGUGCUAAAACGGGUGGGUAGCAACAGUUGCCCCGGUGAGGACGAGGCGCCAUAGUCACGGUAGUCGUGGCGACAAGAACCCAGCAACGAGAAUCAACAACAACAAUUUGAAGCAUUAAGAAAAUAAAACUCCGCGACAAACUAACAGCAAUCAACGAGACGCGAAAGAGAGAUUUAAGCUUUUGUUGUCAUCAUGGCAACUUCCGGCUAUGCUGCCGAGGAGCUUCAGCGCUCCCAAACACAAGGUGGCAGUGUGGCGACCUCCUCAGCACAGCAAAAAGCCAUUUCUACCGCCACACCUCAGUAUCCCACCGACAUACAGAGCUCGCCGGCAUCCACGCCUUCACAAUCGGGCUCCAUCGCGAGAGGACAGACCACACCCACAAGUCAAAAGAAAAUCGUUUUGGCCACGCCUCCUCCGGGAGCCGCAUCAGUGCAGUAUGUCACAGGAGAGCUACAAAGCCCCGCCUCCCAGUCAGGAAAUGGCCAGAGCACACCUCAGUAUAUAGUUGUGACCGUAACAGAGGGCUCGAAUGACUCUGUGUCAGACUCAAAUUCUCCUCCAUCUGGGCAGACAGGUGUGCCCACACAGGUAGUUCAACAGGUGCAGACAGCACAGAGGUCAGUGGUGCAAGCUGCAAGCAAGGCUCAGAGCGGACAGCUGGGAGUCAGUAAUUUACACAUCACACCUGAGCAUGUGUACUCCAAUCAGUUUGGGGAAGGAGAUGCCAACUAUAAUAGUACUCCAAUUCGUUCCAGUAGUUACUCGUACACAGACUCCACCCUCUACACUCAGACCACGCCCUCCGUCACUUACUAUGAGACUCCGCCCACGUCCGGGUCGCAGGUCACAUCACCUUCCACCACACACGUGGUCUCGGUCACGUCAGGGACAGGCACAGGGGUGGCAUCAAUGUUCUCAGAAGGAAGUUCAGGGAUAACGGUGGCCGCCGGAGGGUCCUCAUCAGGUAUGGGUGUGGUCACCCCUGGAGGGGCGGGGAGUUACGUGAUUCAGGGUGGGUACCUGCUCGGAGGAGGGAACCAGGGUUUCGGACACAACACACGAGCAUCGCCUGCCACUGUGCAGUGGUUGAUGGAUAACUAUGAGAAUGCUGAAGGUGUGAGUCUUCCUCGCUGUACUCUCUACUGUCAUUACCUCUUGCACUGCCAGCAGACCAAGCUGGAACCGGUGAACGCCGCCUCUUUCGGCAAACUCAUCCGCUCUGUGUUCAUGGGACUCAGGACCAGACGACUCGGCACCAGAGGGAACUCAAAGUACCAUUAUUAUGGGCUUCGCAUCAAGAGCAGCUCCCCUCUGCUCAGAUUGAUGGAGGACCAGCAACAUCUGGCUAUGAGACAACAACCCUACUCACAGAAACAGAGGAUAAAGCCCAUACAGAAGAUGGAAGGACUGACCAAUGGAAUGGGCCUGGGGGUGGGUCAGCAGCAGGGGGUGGGGUUAUCAGACAUCAGCACACAGGUGCACCAGUAUCAGCAGUUUCUGGAUGCGUCUCGCGCACUGCCGGAGUUCAGGGAUCUGAAGUAUGAGGAUGAAUGUCUGCCAGACGGACUCCUUCCUCAACACAUUAACACUUAUCAGCUGCUCUACAGGGAACACUGCGAGGCAAUCCAGGACGUGUUGGUGAACCUGCAGUUUCCUCUUGUUGAGACACUGUGGAAAACUUUCUGGAGGUUCAGCGAAGGACAAACCAGCAGCAACGACUCGGCCGACCUACACGAUGAAUCAGAGAAGCGUUUACCCAUGUCAGUCCUGGUGCUGUUGUGCAAAUAUGAGCCUAUCCUCGCCUGGACCCGUGAUUGUGACAACAUACUGUACCAAAGCCUCGUGGAGAUUCUCAUCCCUGAUGUGCUGAGACCCAUUCCCAGUGCCUUAACUCAAGCCAUCCGUAACUUUGCUAAGACUCUGGAAAACUGGCUCACCAACGGCAUGAUCAACAUCCCAGAAGAGAUGGUCCGCGCCAAGGUGGUGUGCGCCGGAGCGUUCGCUCAAACGUUGCGACGCUACACAUCUCUCAACCAUCUGGCUCAAGCCGCUCGUGCCGUCCUGCAGAACACCGCUCAGAUCACGCAGAUGCUCAGCGACCUCAACCGCGUCGACUUCACCAACGUCCAGGAGCAGGCAGCAUGGGUGUGUGGCUGUGACGAUGGCAUGGUCCAGCGGUUGGAGCAAGACUUUAAAAUGACUCUGCAGCAGCAGAACUCUCUGGAGCAGUGGGCCACGUGGCUGGACGGGGUCGUCUCGCAGGUCCUGAAGCCUUACAGCGGCAGUCCGGCCUUGCCUAAGGCAGCUAAACUCUUCCUGCUCAAAUGGAGCUUCUACAGUUCCAUGGUGAUCAGAGAUCUGACCCUGCGCAGUGCUGCCAGUUUCGGCUCGUUUCAUCUGAUCAGACUGCUGUAUGAUGAGUACAUGUAUUACCUGAUCGAACACAGAGUCGCUCAGGCCAAAGGAGAGACACCCAUCGCUGUCAUGGGAGAGUUUGCCUGUUUGAACAGAAGUCAAAGGUCAUCAGAUCCUGAUAAAGAUGAGGAUGAUGAGGAAGAGGACGAUGAGACCGACGAAGAUCAGGAAUUAUCUAUGCCUGCUCACUCUGUUGGGAUGGGAGAGGAACCUCUAGAGCCGCCUGCGAAGCUCGCCAGAACAGACCUGUUCACUGGCAACACACAAAACUAACACACAUACACAUGCACACACUUGAGUUUAUUUGUGCUCAUCGUUCCUCAAAGUAUCAUCAUCUCUCCUCUCAGUCCUUCAUUUGCUCAAACUCAUAAAAAAGGAAAACAUUAGUGUUAAACUAGAAACAAACUGCAUUUGAGUUCUCAGUUCUGUUGAAUUUUAGGUGGGGGACAAUUCAGAGAAUAAUUUAAACUUGACACAUUUUAAUGAAGCCCUCAGUGAUAACUCUAGCAGUGAGAUGCCUUACGUGUACACAUACAUUUUCAUCGCCUUCACUUCUCAAAAGCUGCCAUGUUUGUUAUGUGUCUUGACUCUUAAAGGUCCUGUGAGGAAGGUUUCUCUGAUACAUAGCAGUGCUCUUGUCGUCCCACUGAAAUUUAGUAAUGGCGUCUUUUCUAUGAAGAAUCGCAUGUUUCUCAAGAUUGGACAGCCAUUGGAGGAGAUGCAUGGUAAAUUGUUAGCAACUGCUCAACUUUUUUUUUUUUUAAAGCACAUAGUCACGUUUGAUGUGUGAUGUGGUUCUUCUUUGACACAAAUCAAACACAAGUAAAGUCGUCCACAGACUAUAUUUUAAUCAUAAAUCUAAACUCACUAUCCUGAAAACCCAAUCAAAGAUAUUUCAGGGAUCCUUGUGGCUCGAAAAUGUUCUCUUCCAGGUCUCGGAUCUAAAAACUAUACAGCUAUAUGUAGUACAUGGUCAUGGCGCCAUUAAAAAAAACCAACUUUUGCCAAAGCCAAUCAUAUCUUACAUAGUCCUGUUACUCAUUAAUAUUCAUGGGCGUGGUCAAUCGAAAACAAUUUAGCCUUUUACAGCAGUAAUACUACACAUCCUUUCAUGCCUUUCGUUGGACAAAUCUGGCACUUGGAGAAUUAAACUUUGUAUAUAAUUAUGAAAAUGACACGCAACUGCAAUUUCGAAGCUUCAGAAGAGAGAUUGUGUAAUGUAAAUGGAUCAAGUGUGCCUUCUAUAGAUUAUUUGUGAUCCAUAAAUCACUUUCUUUUUUCGGAUGUCAUAUUGGCUUUCCUUCAGUGAACUAAAAUCGUUGUUUGUUCAUCUUGUGACUCAUUUCAUUACGUCCUGCAUGUGUCUAUGUGGGACAGGUGAACACAAAUAAAUGCUGAGCACAAAUUAUGCAGUUGUAAACACACGCACACACACUCACACACACACUAUAGAGCUCACACAUACAUAAGUGAUAUUUUGAUAUUCUGUAUCUAAUUAUGACAAAAUUGCCAAUAUUGUUUAUCUUAAAGGUUUUUUGUUAUUCCCAUAAUCCUCACUUGUGAUUCAUAUUACUGUAAUACAAAGUGUAAAAAUUCUGCAUAGAUGAAACGCAGAAAAAACAAUAUUAUAUACUAUAUAUAUUUGCAUUACAGUAAUGAUGGUGAGAUCAGAUUUUGGGUUAUUGUAUUCUGCAUAAGUGUCCUGUUGGUCAGGUCAAAUUUGAGUGACUGUAUAGCUGUUUAAUGGCAAAUAUUAUUGCAAAAUAUUAUGAAUGCAGAUUUUAAAUUCUUAAGCAGUAUGUAAGUGUUGAAUUGUAUUAUAAGAGUUUACUGCAAAUGAUGUCACUUUAGUCUGUGUGCAUUUGAUAGGAACCCCGUGUAUGAUUAUGCUAACGUGUGAUACAGUUUUAUGAUUUUGUACCGUUGAAACCAUAAUGGCCUUAUUUGAAGUAUAACUGUAGCAGAAAUCAAUGUGGAAAUUUGUUUUCUUGUGCCUCAUACUGAAAGUGCAGCGUCCCCUUUAAAAAACAACAACAUACUGAGAGAAUCCUGCUGUGUGUAGAUGUUUUGUAUUUUAUGAUCAGGGUUUAGACACAACAUACAGAAUGCAUUGAUACUCUGUAACAUGCUUUACUGGAGUAAUACAAAAUAUUAACUAAAUUGAAAGAGAUGUUUAAUAAAGAUGUAAGGGAUAAGAAAGAAA